AUGGUCCAAGCAGAGCGCCUGAGCUGCUUUUUUCACGUGCGACAGCCAUUGCGAGUGACACGUUCCGAAAAUUGCUUGAGGAUAGACCUUUGCGUUCACAGCAAGCAAAAUGCUGAAGCAGAGGAUAAGGAUUACCACCACUCGAAGAUAUGGUGCGUGUAUCACGAUGAAUGUAUAGUACAACUAGGAAGGAGGUCUUAAAUUAAUGAAUACUUUUACAACAACCUGAUGUGCGUAUUGGUGGAGAGAAUGUAUGCUCUCUCUGAAGACUACGGCGAUUAUAGUAUAAUGACGUAAUUA